UCAGCAACCACUCAGAGAAACUGAAACAGAGAGUUGCAGAAACGAGUGAACGUAUUUAAUUUUCACAACCUCCAACUCAACCUCUCCAUUUCUUUACUUUCCUCUGAUUUCUAAAAAGAAAAAAAAAAAUUCACCUGGUAAAUGGGUUCUCCUCAGAAGCCCUAGAGUCCCAGCAAAAAAUACCUGCCUGAUUCCUAGAUUCAGCUCCAACCCAGUUGGCCAUGGCCGCGUUCUCCACUUCUGCAUGUUUUAUUGCUCUUAAUUUCUUUAUUUUUCACCUCAAAAUGCUGUCCGCAUACACGAAUUCCUCUUUUUCUUUCCGAAGCUUUGAAAAAACUUCAAAUUUUGAGUCCGCCAUUGCUCUUUAUGGAGAUGCAAAUGCUGUUAAUAAUGGGUCUGCACUUCAACUUACUCGCUCAGUGAGUUCCAGUGCUGGUCGAGUCAUGUACAAGAAACCCAUCAAGCUUGUUGAAGGUAAACCUGCGAAUUUGGUCUCCUUCUCUACUUAUUUCUCGUUUUUGAUGUCUCCAGAAAAUGGAGAUGGCUUGGCUUUCGUUCUGGUUUCUGAUGCUUUUAAUGCGAGUUCGUUUGAUAAGAGUAUCCCGUUUGGUCUCUCUUUAAGACCAGAGGACAAUAAUUCUGAAAUUCUUGCUGUUGAAUUUGAUACAAAGAGGGAUGCUAAAUAUGGGGACUUGAAUGGCAAUGAUUCUGUAUCAGUUAAGGUAAAAAAUGCUUCAUCUGUUGAUAUUGUGUUGAAUGAUUUGAGGAGAUUAAGUUCUUGGAUUGAUUAUGAAGCGGGUUCAAAGAGGUUAGAGAUUAGGUUGAGUCUAUUUGGUGACGCAAGGCCCAUUGAUCCUUUGCUCUCUUACCCCAUUGACCUGUCAAAAUUGUGGAAUGAAGAGGAAGUUUUUAUUGGCUUGAGCUCAUCUAAUGGGAAUUCCUCUCAGGCAUGUUUUAUCUAUUCAUGGAGCUUUGAGCUAAGGCGUGUCCCUUACUGGAUGCAUUCUGAGCCACUGGAUCCCCAGGCUCUUGCUAAAAAUGUGAAACCCGUGGUUAUUCACAAGCGGAGUGCUUGUGUUUUGAGAGUGCUUGCUUCAAUGAUUUUUGGUACUGCUUGUGGAGCACUAGGAGCUUCCAUUGUCUUGUAUCUUUGGACCAUCUUUGGUAAUAGGCGACAGGUGGUGCCGGAGGAGAAAUGCUCUGUGCAUCCGGCGGAUUUUGAAUACAAGAAAUUCAAAGUAGUUGUAGAGAAAGCCGUCGAAGAUGGCAAGCAGUAGACUGGUUUGUGGUGAGGUUUUGGAUGUUCUGUGUUGUAAAUUUGCGUUUUUUUUUGUACGUGUAGUUGUAGGUUUUAUUGUGUUGUUGUAACUGAUGACCAAUUGUUCAAAUGUAGUUUUUACUAAUGAUGUGAGCAUUCAGAAUUUCAGAUUUCACUCUUUUUAGAAGACUCUUAUGCUGCUAUUUAUGGAUAGUUGAAGUAAUUUGUAAUUGUUCCCAAUUAUCUCCUACUUAAUUCAAAUUAUUGUUACAUUAA